AUGCCAUUCAUCACAUACCGCACCAUCUUAGCUACCAAGAAAACACACACACAGUCUAGAUUCGCCUCCGACUCCGACAAUGGACCUCCGACAAUCACUCCUCAACCAAACCGCCGUUUCCUUGUCCCUCACAAGCCACGUCAUCUCCUCCGAAGCUAAGGACUCCAACUUCGCCUUUUCCCCGCUUUCCAUCCACGUCGUUCUCGGAUUGAUCGCCGCCGGGUCGGGCGGCCCGACCCGCGACCAACUCCUGGGCGUCCUCAAGUCCAAUUCCCUGGAGGACCUCAACUCACUAUCCUCGCAGUUCGUGGCGCUCCUCUUCGACGACGGCGGCCCCCUCGGCGGCCCCCGCUUGUCGUUCGCCAACGGCGUCUGGGUCGAUCAGACCCUAAGCUUCAAACCGGCCUACAAGGAAAUUGUCGAGAACAACUACAAGGCUGCUUCCAAUCGCGUUGAUUUUCAGACCAAGGCUGCUGAGAUAACGGAAAAGGUGAACGCGUGGGCUGAAAAGGAAACGAGUGGCCUAAUCAAAGAGAUACUUCCGGCGGGUUCCGUCGAUGCUUCCACAAGGCUACUUUUCGCAAAUGCAGUAUAUUUCAAAGGAGCUUGGGACGAAAAGUUCGACGCAUCCGAAACGAGGGACCACGACUUUUUUCUUCUAAACGGGACUUCAAUCCGAUGCCCCUUCAUGACCAGCACUAAGAAACAAUACGUCCGAGCUUUCGACGGCUUCAAAGUGUUGCGGCUACCGUACGCGCAGGGCCAAGAUAAGCGCAAAUUCUCGAUGUACAUCUUUCUUCCGGACACCAAGGACGGCUUGUCUGCAUUAUCCGAGAAAAUGACCUCUGACCCGGAAUUCAUCGAGCACCAUGUUCGGCUGCGACAAGUAAAAGUGAAAGCUUUUCGCGUCCCAAAGUUUAAGAUAUCGUUCGGGUUCGAGGCCACGGAAAUCCUCAAGAAAAUGGGUGUGGUGCAUCCGUUCUCCGGCGGGGGUCUGACGGAGAUGGUCGAGUCUGUAAACAGCCAGAAUCUGUAUGUGUCGAACAUCUUCCACAAGGCUUUCAUUGAAGUGAACGAAGAAGGCACCGAGGCUGCGGCUGCAACGGCUGCUGUAGUAAUGUAUCGAUCGUUGAUUAUAGAGGAGGAGGUGGAGUUUGUAGCCGAUCAUUCCUUCCUGUUUGUGCUCCGGGAGGACAUUACCGGCGUCAUCCUCUUCGCCGGACAACUGGUGGAUCCUCGUACUUGAUGGAUCAUGUGUCGUGCUCGAAAUAAAUACAUAUAUAUAUGUAUAUGUAUGUAUGUGUGUGUGUGUCGUAUCAUCUGGGAGGGUAUAAUGUAGAUUAGAUUUAGAUUGAAUAAAGAGUGAUGAAGGCCUGUUUGGGGUUCUUUUGUGUUUUUGUUUGUGUGUGUUCAUGUUAUGGGCACUUCUCUUUUCCCUUCAGUUUUGAUGCGAUCGAUUGAGAAUAUAUAUAUGGUGGGUUUGUUU